AGGGGGGAGGUGGACAACAGGAGACCCCGCCCCCACCCUUUCCCUUCUGAGCCCAGGGCCCGGCGGGCCUGGCAGACACUCCUGCCCGAGCCAUGGACAGAAGCAGCAGUUACUCACGGAAAGGGCUCCACGUCGGCAGCUCUGCCCACUGGGGCUGCUGGUACUACCUGAAAUACUUCUUCUUGUUUGUCUCUCUCAUUCAAUUCCUCAUUAUCCUGGGGCUGGUGCUGUUCAUGGUAUACGGGAAUGCCCACGCGGGCACUGAGGCUCACUUGCAGGUGACAGAGAGGCGGGCGGACAGCCUGUCGGGGCAGCUGCUGUCCCUGAACACCCUCAAUGCCAACCUCUCCAAAGAGCUGAACAUCACCACCCGCUCCCGUGAGGCCAUCAUGCAGCUGUUGGUGGGCAGCCGGCGGGACCUGGACCGCAUCAACUCCAGCUACCGCCAAUGCCAAGUGGAGCAGAUUCAGAACCAGAACAAUAUGAAGUACAUUGUCGCCAUCUUGAAGAGUGAAGAACUCUGUCUACAAAAGCUUGCAGAGAUUUCAAGGAACUACACAGCCCAGGUACAGACCCUUGAAGAGAAGGCCAAGGCAGCCCAGGUAGAGCAGGAGGCCCUAAAGAUGACCUGCAACAAGGACAAGGAGGCCCUGAUGGCAGCCAAGGCAAUGGUUGAGGACCAGCUCAGAAUCUGCAACCAGGAGAAGAUUAGAAACUUUGCUGAGUACCAGCUGGUGGUCAGUGAACUCCAGCGUGUGCGAGGCCUGUGUGUUGAUCUAGACAAGGAGAAGCUUGCCUCCAAGCUGGAGCAGGUGUGGAGGGAAAUCCUCUUGUACAAGCCCGUGGACAGCCUCUCCUUGAUGUACUACAAUCCUGAGGUUGACAAGAUGCUACAUCGCUGCAGGGAGCUGCCCAGGAUAAUGAUGGACAGGGUGGAUAAUCUGGCCAGGGAACUGAAAACAGGCAUUGAGCAGGUGGCCCGAGAAAACACCGAUCUGAAGCGUCAGAAGGAGGCCAAUGCGAACAGCUGGGAGACCUGCAAGGAGGAGAAGGAGAAGGUGGUCAAGGAGAACCAAGAGAAGCUGCAGAAAGUCCAUGAGGACUGUGUGAAACAAGGCCGGCUAGCCUUGGAAGAGAAGGCUGCUCUACAGAGGGAGAAGGAGGCCUUGACCAAGGAACUAGAGGAGAAGAAGAAGGAGCUGAUCUUGAUCAAGGGGCAGCUGGACAUCAACAAGUCCACCCUGGAGACCUGCAUCAGGGCCAAGGCCCAGGGUUCACCACCCGUUUUGCGACCCCCUGGUCCUGCUAACCCAGCUCCCAUUGACCCUGCUGACCUAGAAGACUUCAAGAAGAAGCUCUUGGAGAGUUAUCAGAAGGUUAACAUACCUUCUGGAAGCUCAGCCAGCGGUUAAGGGGACUGUAAACGGCGAUGCAGUGAUGGGCGGCAGCAGGAUCUGGUGACACGUUCCAGAGAGGAAGCCACCCUCGACCUACGUGAUGCCCACCAGAGGUCCACUUACCCAUAAUAUGUCCAUGCACCGCCCCCCUCUUCCCCAACACACAUGUAUACUCUGACACACACAUGCGCGCGUGCACAUGCACACACACACACACACACACACACACACACACACACACACUUAUCUGCACACCCCUAGACAAUCCUCACACUCAGACACUCCCCUCCUCUCACACCCCUGUUCCCACUCCCAGCCAUACUUAUGCAGAUGCAUCUUCACAUAUGAAUGCAUACACAUUCAUGAAAGGAGGCACCCACAGACCACAGGAUCCACUCUGGGCCCUUUUGGGGAGCUCUAGCCUCAGCACCAGAGGCAGGGGUGGGAGACAAGCCCCUGGGCCUGUAGCCACGGUCGGGGGGGAUUCUGAGCGUGCUCACUAAAGGUGCCCAUGGGGGCUAAGUAAGCCCAAACUGGGGGAGAGAAAUCAGGAAUUCCACCCUGUCCCCGCAGGGUGUGCAGCUGCCUCCCCAUCUCUAGGACCUCAUACUCACUGUCGUCCCAUGCUCAGAUCACCGUCUCCUUCAGCACAUUUAUCACUUGGCUAAUGUAGUUACGCAGCAGCUGCUGUCUGCCCUUAUCUUUAUUAUCUGUUAUCUCCAUUAGCUGACACAUCAUAGCUUCACAAGGCCCCAAACUGAGGAAAGAUAUGAGCAGGAAAAGCUCAGUCUCUGGCUCCCAAGGGAACUCUUAUCUAGCCUUCCCUCUCUCCCUCCCCCCCCCCCAGAGUUUCCCAAAAGCCCUGGGGGCAGGGGGAGAAGAGGGGGACAGCGUGUUGUUCUCAGAAAUCAAAGGCAAGGUCUUUGAAGGGCAAGGCCCAGCCCUGGGUCUUCUCUGCCUGGUUCCUGUCACUUGGCCCAGGAGUGAGUUGGAAAGAGGUUGAUGUGAUGCAGGAGUACGUUAUUUGGAAUCCAAGGACUUGGAUUCAAAUUCUGACUCUUUUCCUAUGUGACCAGGGUCUCACCAAUCUGGACCUUAUCUGACAAAUGAGGGGCUUAGAAUAGGUAAUUCUGGAGAUUUUAUUCAUUUCCAAGUCCACCCCAUCCCACCCCUGGCCUUACCCCUGGACCUCAAAGCUAUAACCCCAAUACCAGAAGCUUAUCCCCCAACCCCAGUGCUGGCCAAGUCCCUGGGGAACUCCUGCUCUAGGUCCUGACCCUCCUGGUACCUUGAAUCUAGAACCCAUACUGAGCACCCCCUACCCAAGGAGGGGUCCAGAUUCUGGGGCUAAGGAAGAAGGUUCUCUGACUGUCCAUGAAUGCUCAGGUCUGAGCUGGGGAGUUGGGAAACAGAAGGCCCCUAUUUUCCUCAUGCUGUGAUGCUCUGAUUCCAAGUGGAAGUCUCUAUUAAAAGAUAAUCAAACCCAAAA